CACAUGCUGCAGCAGUACUGGGCCACCACCACAGGCUUCAGCAGUACUGGGCCACCACCACUGCCGGCUGUAGCAGCACUGGGCCACCACUACACAGGCUGCACCACUACACAAGCUGCAGCUCCGCACCGGCCGGACGGGGGACCUCACUGUGAUCACUGGUCCAGGAUGAUGAGGGAAGGAAGAGCGACUGGACCACACGUCUUCUGCCGCACAUGACGCAUAUUCAAAGAGAUCAAUGUUUUUGCUGGAUGUUCCGAUGUUGAGGACAAACUCCCAAACUUUGAGGCUUCAAGGAUGUUCUUCUCGGAUGGGACUCUCUCAGCCUUCAGAUAUGCGCUCCUGCUAGGAGUUACUUGUUUGGCCACCUUCUUCGAUUUCACCAGGAGUUCCCCGGACGUCUCAGGUUACCUGUCCAAAGUGCUGAGGAACUACACUGAGCAAGCCUGCGACGGGGACUUCCUGUCCGUCCGCUGCCCAGCGCGCACCACCAUCACCGUCCAAUCGGCCUUCUAUGGAAGGAGAGGCCCCUCCCAUCCCCAGCAGUGCCCUCAGACCUACCGGAGCCUGCGAGGGACAUAUCCGGUGCAGAAGGAUGAUCGAUACUGCUCUGUGUCCACCGCACUCCAGAAGAUGCUGGAUGAGUGCCAGGACAGGAGGAGCUGUCAGGUUCUUGUUAACAGCCGUGUGUUCGGGACCGACCAGUGUCCAGGCGGCAGCAAGCACCUCAUGGUCUGGUACAAAUGCAGACCCAACGAGUAUAAGAGUAAGGUGGCCUGUGAGGAUGAGCGGCUGAAGCUGAGCUGUAAGCGGGGCAUGCAGAUCGCCAUCUACUCCGCCAUGUUCGGCCGAACCCAGCAGGGCACCCUGGAGUGUCCUCUGCACCACUGGAGGGCACCGUCUGUGGGUAAGAGGGACUCACCACCUCGUUCUCUCUCUCUCUCUCUCUCUCUCUCUCUCUCUCUCUCUCUCUCUCUCUCUCUCUCUCUCUCUCUCUCUCUCUCCCUCAAUUAAAUUAAAUUAAAUUCAAAAUGGCUUAAUUGGCAUGAGAAAUAUACAUUUGCAUUGCCAAAGCAGGUGAACAAUAAAAUAAACAGUGUUAUAAAAUAAAAUAAAAGUAAAAAGGUCAGGUAUAUAACAUAAUACAAGUAAGUAUGAAACGUUAAAUACAAAAUAUCCAUACAUAUCAAAUGUUAUGCUACAAAAGUACUAUAAAAAGUCAAAUGUGUGAUAUUAUAAAAAUUACAAUAAUUACAGUAUCUCGUAUAAACAGAUGAAUUAAAGAUACACUCUAAAUACACAGUAUUUACAUUAUGGAGGACGUGUGCAAUAGGGCAAUUAUUGUGUGAAGAGUGAGUCCAGGGGGAUGAGUCUAUGGGGAGUUUGAGGUCCUUCUCUCAUCACAACAGGUGACGAAUCUCUCUGUCCCUCGCUCUCACUCUCUAUCUCUCUGUCU